CCUCUUCGUCUUCUUCGUUCGGACUGCCCUAUUUCUCCGUCGCUCCGCAUUCCGAAUCCUCGCUUGCUUUUUUGUCAUCGAUCUCUCUACUUUCCACAUUCUCAUCGCAUUCGACGAGGUUUCAUCUUUAUGUGGUUGGCGAUCUCAAGCUUUGCCGCUUCGCUUACCCGGUGAGGCGAGCUUUCCAGUUAGUAAUCGGCGGCCGGGGUGUCCAUGUUUACAAAGGAGAUUGACCCCCACGCUUACCGGUGGUCUCGCGAGGGCCAACCUUCGGCGACAAGCGUGCAUCCCCGGAUGGAACCCCUCGUCAACCUCCGAGACAGUGGAAGAGGGCUCGGGAUACCCCCGCCGGAGAAAUUCCGAAGUGGCCACCUUCCGCCCGGAAGCAUUUCUAUGUCUCAUGCCAUCCCGACUGGGGAAGAUAGCCAGUCUGGUUCUGACAUGGAUGAAACCUCCGAUACUGAAGCGGAGAUCUAUGAGAUACGCCAUUCUUUUGAUUCAUCCUCAGUGGAUGAGGUCGCUGGUAGGAGAGUCCCCAAUGGAACAUUCCGGCCACCUGCCUUUCGCAACAGGCAUACAGGUCCUGGCUCUACACAGAAUUACUAUUCUAGUGAUGGGUACUCAGACGUCAGCUCUUCAGUCGACACGACAAGGAAGCAGCCACAUCAGAUUAGGAAGAUGACUCAGUCAGAGUACAUGAUAGAGGUGGAUGAGGAGGACGGACUUUCAGACUCUGGUCAGAGCUUAGAAUUUUCCAGUCAGGUAAAAAGGCGCAAUGAUGGUUGUACUGUGCCGUUGAGAGGUGGCUAUGCUUCUGAAAACUAUUCACGCAAUGUGCCCCAGAGAUCAAAUGCAAAUGAAAAUGCUGCAAAAGGUGGUGUUCAUUCAAAAUUUAGCUUCACUCUCAAUGUUCCCUAUAUGGAAGGGGUUAGUGCGCCUUCUGAUAAGCUUGAUCCAGCCCCACAGACUGUGUAUCAUUCAAAUGGCUAUUCACAACAUAUUCCAUUUGUGGAGGAUCCUGCAGAAAAGGGUGGUCUUUCUGACUAUCCAAGUGCUCCUCCUAUUCAUGGCUAUGACAAGAAUAUAGCCGAUGAUGCUUCAGAACAAAUUGCUGGUGUCAGAUCUCCUGCUACAUCAAAUGGCUCGAUUUUAAUGAAAGACUCAAUGUUCCAUGCCAAUUCUAGAACCAAUCAGUCUGAAACAACUACCAGCUUACCACAAAGAAGCUGUCAAAAUACUGAAGCUGCUAGAUCCUCUAGUUUAUUGCCAGCUCGUCUUCCAACUUUUCAUGCAAGUGCUCAAGGUCCCUGGUUUUCUGUAAUUGCUUAUGAUGCUUGUGUGCGGCUAUGCCUUCAUUCAUGGGCUAGAGGUUGCAUGGAAGCUCCCAUUUUCUUGGACAAUGAAUGUGCUCUUCUACGAGAUGCAUUUUGUGUGCGCCAAGUUUUGUUACAAUCUGAGGAGGAACUUCUAGCAAAAAGGUCAUCGGAGCUUGUUUGUGAAGGUGCUGGUCCAAAGCCAAAAAAGAUCAUAGGCAAGAUGAAGGUCCAAGUCCGCAAGGUCAGAAUGGCACUAGAUAUGCCCUCUGGAUGCAGUUUUUCAUCAUUUAGACAACCAAUUGUAAAACUGGAGUCUCUUCGGUUCCGCAUGUCCAGUCUGCAAGCAACUCUUUCAUCAGGAUGGGAAUCACUUCGCAAAGUUCGAGUUAUGCCAAAUCUACCAGCAAAUAGUUCUUUCUCAAGGCACAGCUUGGCUUACAUGCAUGCUAGUUCACAGUAUAUCAAACAGGUGUCUGGGCUGCUUAAAAUUGGUGUUAGUACUUUGCGUAGUAGUAAUUCAUCAUAUGAAGUAAUGGAAGAGACAUACUCUUGUCAGUUAAAGCUAAAAAGUUCACCUGAGGAUGAUUGUGUCAAGAUGCAACCUGGAUCUGGUGACACACACGUCUUCUUUCCUGAUAGCUUAGGCGAUGAUUUGAUCAUUGAUAUCUAUGAUUCCAAAGGCAAAUCUUGUGGUCGAGUAGUAGCACAAGUGGCCUGUAUUGCAGAUGAUCCUAGUGAUAAACUUCGAUGGUGGCCUAUCUAUCAUGAACCAGAGCAUGAACUUGUUGGGCGUGUACAAUUAUACAUAAAUUACACAACUAGUCCUGAUGAAAACAAUGGCUUGAAGUGUGGUUCUGUCGCAGAAACAGUUGCAUAUGAUGUUGUCCUGGAAGUUGCAAUGAAAGCCCAACACUUCCAGCAAAGGAGGUUACUGUUGCAUGGAUCAUGGAAAUGGUUACUGACAGAAUUUUCCUCCUACUAUGGGGUUUCAGAUUCUUACACAAAAUUAAGGUACCUUUCUUACGUAAUGGAUGUUGCAACCCCGACAGCUGACUGUCUCACUUUGGUUCAUGAUCUGCUGCUACCUGUAAUUUUGAAGAGCCGCAAUAAGAACUCACUAAGUCAUCAAGAGAAUCGUAUUCUAGGUGAAAUUGAGGACCAGAUUGAGCAAAUUCUUGCCAUUGUAUUUGAGAAUUACAAGUCCCUUGAUGAAUCCUUAACAUCUGGAAUGUCAGAAGUUUUUCGACAUGCCACUGGAUAUCCUGCACCUGCAUUGAUACCUGCAAUGAAGCUAUUCACUCUUCUUCAUGAUAUCCUGACUCCAGAGGCUCAGCUUAAGCUAUGCGGUUAUUUUCAGACUGCUGCUAAGAAGCGCUCAAGAAGACACUUGCUCGAAACUGAUGAAUAUUUAGCAAACAACAGUGAAACAAAUAGGAUGGAUGUUGUUGGUUUUGCUAAUGCUUACCAGAAAAUGAGGACACUAUGCUUCAACAUACAGAGUGAAAUUUUUACUGAUAUUGAAAUCCAUAAACAGCAUGUGCUUCCAAGCUUUCUAGAUCUACCAAAUCUAUCUGCAUCGAUUUAUAAUGUCGAGCUCUCUAGUAGAUUACGGUCAUUCCUUGUUGCAUGCCCACCUAGCGGCCCUUCACAACCUGUGGCAGAUCUUGUAAUUGCUACUGCAGAUUUCCAGAAAAAUUUAACAAGCUGGAAUAUCUGUCCUGUCAAAGGAGGUGUUGAUGCAAAGGAGUUAUUCCACUUGUAUAUUAUCUUGUGGAUUCAAGAUAAGCGCCUAGCAUUACUUGAGUCCUGCAAAUUAGAUAAGGUGAAAUGGUCUGGUGUUCGCACACAGCAUAUGACCACUCCUUUUGUGGAUGACAUGUAUGACCGAUUGAAAGACACACUGAUUGAGUAUGAUGUUAUUAUUUGCCGCUGGCCAGAGUAUACUUUUGUUCUUGAAAAUGCUAUUGCAGAUAUUGAGAAGGCAGUAAUUGAAGCGCUGGAAAAGCAGUAUGCAGUUGUCUUGGCUCCAUUGAAGGACAGUUUGACACCAAAGAAAUUUGGCCUGAAAUAUGUUCAAAAAUUUGCUAAAAGAAAUUCUGGCCUCCCAUACGCUGUCCCUGAUGAUUUAGGGAUUCUGUUAAAUACCAUGAAAAGACUACUUGAAGUCUUGCAACCCAAGAUAGAAAUGCAGUUGAAAUCUUGGGGUUCUUGUAUACCUGAUGGUGGGAAUGCAGUGCCUGGUGAACAGCUUAGUGAAGUAACUGUGACAUUGAGAGCCAAAUUUAGAAAUUUUCUGCAGGCAGUAGUAGAAAAACUUGUGGAGAAUACUCGAGUGCAAAGCACCACAAAACUCAAGAAGAUCAUUCAAGACUCCAAAGAUGCUGCAAUGGAAUCAGAUAUCCGUAGUAGAAUGCAACCAUUGAGGGAUCUUCUAAUUCAAACUAUUAAUGAGCUCCAUAAAGUACUUGAGGUGCAAGUUUUUGUAGCAGUGUGCCGAGGCUUUUGGGAUAGGAUGGGCCAGGAUGCUCUCAAAUUCCUGGAGAACCGAAAGGAAAAUAGGCCAUUGUAUAAAGGUGCACGAGUAACGAUUGCAGUACUGGGUGAUACAUUUGCAUCCCAGAUGCAACAAUUACUUGGCAAUGUUCUUCAAGAGAAGGAUUUGGAGCCUCCCAGAUCCAUUUUGGAGGUGCGAUCAGUGCUUUGUAAGGAUGCAGCGCUUCACAAGGAUUCAAGUUUUUACUAUUAGGCUUAGGCUGUAUAUAUCUGGCAAGCAUUGAUUAAAAAAGAGAGCAACUUCUCGAAGUAUUCUCAACACAAUGUCAGUAGAAGAGCACUGAGUUACAAGUAAUUGCUUCAAGAUCUUUCAGUUUUGAAUACUUUUGUACAUGCACAAGCACAUCAAGAAAGUUUGAAGAAAUCUAAACCGUGAACUGCUUCAAAUCCGGCACCAAGUUCCUUAGAGAGACAAAAAGAAAGGAAGAGAUUUUGUAUAUUGUAUCAGUAUUCAGUUAGGUCACUUGCUUAGGAUUUGCUUGAGUAUUCCAUCAUAUGCAUAACAGUAAUUAAAGUACAUAUUGUCUCUUCACUCUGUAUCCAAUUGGCUAAAAGUAGAAAGUAGUCUCCAUAUUUUGUUGUGUUCGGAACUCUUGUUUUUUCAAGAUUCCAAUUGUUGAAACUAAGCCAGUGAAGAAAAUAUGGUUCAACCUAUGAACAUUUUCUACUUGUAAUGAAUGCAUUAUUUUGCAUACGAAAA